CCUGGCGGCUGGCAGCCACCCCUCCGGGGCAGCUGGACAGAAGGACGGGGCUCCGGGCUCCUCCUCAGAGCUUCCCACGCCCAGCGCCCGGGGAGGAAUCGCCCUUGGGAGGGAAGAGAAGAGCCCGGGAAGAAGCAGGAGCCUCCAGCCUAUUCCUUCCUCUAACCCUGCUUCGCUCCCCCUCGCUCUUCCUCCCUCCCUCCCUCCUCCCGUCCCCUCCUUCCCCCGCUUCUAAUUCCUGCCGCUCGCUCCGAGCCUCAUUCAGCCGCCGCCGCCAGUGGAGUGUAAUAGGCUGAGGAUGCCGCUGUGUCUGUUCAGUGUCUAGUUGUGAAUGGGACUUGCCUCCUCGCCCUCCGCCGCAGGUGACCAAGGGAAGCAGCCAGCCCGGCUGGACUCCCAGCAAGAGCUGAAAUAUCGGAUAAGUGGCAACACAAAAUUUAAAUCUGCAUUGUCAACACGGACUCAUUAAGUGGCCAUUCAAAUGGGUGGAAUAUGUUACAUAAAUUGGCAACAAGUUUCCAGUGGGUAAAGCAAUUAAGCUGGGAACCUGCCGAGCAUUAAAGUGAUGCACUUAAUGAGAGGUGGCAUCCUAUAUGCAGAACAUUACAUCUGAAGUUUUCCAGUAGCUCCAAGGUUCUUAUUUCAGAGGUGGCUCUGGGUGGAAGGAGUAGAUUCUCGAAUACUCCUGUGCCUAUAAAUUAACCAAAAAUGAAGGAGGACAGUUGUUUACAUGCUGCUCUUAUCUGCCUGGGCAUGCUAUAUUACAGCCAUGCCAUGUCUACAGAAAAACUUAACCAUUUAAGGCCGUCACUCCAUGGUCACCAUGAAAAAGGAAAAGAAGGGCAAGUUCUGCAUCGUUCAAAAAGAGGCUGGGUGUGGAAUCAGUUCUUUGUAAUAGAAGAGUACACAGGACCAGAUCCUGUACUAGUUGGCAAGCUUCAUUCAGAUAUCGAUUCUGGAGAUGGAAACAUUAAAUACAUUCUCUCAGGUGAAGGCGCAGGAAUCAUUUUUGUUAUUGAUGACAAAUCAGGGAACAUCCAUGCAACAAAGACACUGGACCGAGAAGAGAGAGCUCAGUAUAUUCUAACGGCACAAGCUGUAGACAGAAAUACUAACAGACCUUUGGAACCACCCUCUGAAUUCAUUGUGAAAGUUCAAGAUAUAAAUGACAACCCACCUGAGUUCCUACACGAAAACUAUCAUGCGAAUGUGCCAGAGAGGUCCAACGUGGGUACAUCAGUUAUUCAGGUAACCGCUUCGGAUGCUGAUGAUCCUACCUAUGGGAACAGUGCCAAACUGGUUUACAGUAUUCUUGAAGGUCAGCCCUACUUCUCCGUGGAAGCACAAACAGGUAUUAUUAGAACUGCUCUUCCCAACAUGGACAGAGAAGCUAAGGAAGAAUAUCAUGUUGUAAUACAGGCAAAAGAUAUGGGAGGACAUAUGGGAGGACUCUCAGGGACAACCAAAGUGACAAUUACACUUACUGAUGUCAAUGACAAUCCACCAAAGUUCCCACAGAGUGUGUACCAGAUGUCAAUAUCAGAAGCAUCCAUACCAGGGGAAGAAGUAGGACGACUGAAGGCCAAAGAUCCAGAUAUUGGAGAAAAUGGCUUAGUGACUUACAGCAUCAUUGAUGGCGAUGGUGUGGAGAUGUUUGAAAUUACUACAGAUUAUGAGACUCAGGAAGGUGUUGUAAAGCUUAAGAAGCUCCUAGAUUAUGAAACCAAAAAGUCCUACAGUCUGAAGGUAGAGGCAGCCAAUGUACAUAUUGAUCCUAAGUUCAUCAGCAAUGGACCAUUCAAGGAUACUGUAACUGUAAAGGUAGCAGUUGAGGAUGCUGAUGAGCCCCCCAUAUUUUUAGCACCAAGUUAUAUUCUUGAAGUACAAGAGAAUGCGGCAGCUGGUGCUGUUGUUGGGAGAGUACAUGCCAAAGACCCUGAUGCUGCAAAUAGUGCUAUAAGGUAUUCAAUUGAUCGUCACACUGACCUUGAAAGAUAUUUUAGUAUCAGUCCAGAAGAUGGUUACAUUAAGACCAUAAAAACUCUGGAUAGGGAAGAAAUUGCUUGGCAUAAUAUCUCUGUCUUUGCAACUGAAGUCUACAACCGACAUCAGGAAGCCAAAGUUCCUGUAGCAAUUAAGGUCCUUGAUGUCAAUGACAAUGCUCCAAAAUUUGCAUCAACCUAUGAAGCAUUUAUUUGUGAAAAUGGUCAGAGCAACAAGGCAUUUAUUACAAUUACUGCUGAUGACAAGGAUGAUGCAGCCAAUGGACCGAGAUUUAUCUUCAGUUUACCACCUGAAAUUAUUCACAAUCCAAAUUUUACGCUCAUAGACAACAGAGAUAAUACAGCGGGUAUUUAUGCUAGACGUGGUGGCUUUAGUCGACAAAAGCAGGAUUUAUACCUUCUUCCUAUUGAAAUAAGUGAUGGUGGAAUCCCUCCAAUGAGCAGCACCAAUACCCUCACUAUUAGAGUCUGUGGCUGUGACAGCAAUGGUUCCAUGCUCUCAUGUAAUGCUGAAGCUUACAUCCUCAAUGCUGGACUUAGCACCGGAGCUUUAAUUGCCAUUCUCGCUUGCAUUGUGAUUUUGUUAGUCAUUGUAGUGUUAUUUGUAACACUGAAAAGGCAGAAGAAAGAACCUUUAAUUGUUUUUGAAGAAGAAGAUGUCCGAGAGAACAUUAUAACUUAUGAUGAUGAAGGUGGUGGAGAGGAAGACACUGAAGCCUUUGACAUUGCUACUUUGCAGAACCCUGAUGGCAUCAAUGGGUUUAUUCCUCGUAAAGACAUAAAACCCGAGUAUCAGUAUAUGCCAAGACCAGGGCUUCGGCCAGCUCCUAACAGCGUUGAUGUUGAUGAUUUCAUCAACACAAGAAUACAAGAGGCUGAUAAUGAUCCAACUGCUCCUCCUUAUGACUCUAUUCAGAUCUAUGGCUAUGAAGGAAGAGGCUCAGUGGCUGGUUCACUUAGCUCGUUAGAAUCGGCGACUACAGAUUCUGAUUUGGACUAUGACUAUCUACAAAACUGGGGACCUCGUUUUAAGAAACUAGCAGACUUGUAUGGUUCCAAAGACACUUUUGAUGAUGAUUCUUAACAAUAAAGUUAAAAAUUUGGCCUUAAGAACUGUGUCUGAUGUUUUGAAGAAUCCAGAAGAAAUGUAAGCAGGUAUUUUUUUAAAAAUCAAGAAAAGGCUCAUUAAAACAUUUAAGUUUGACAAAGAGGAUUCCUUUAAUAAUAAUGAAAAGGACAUAAAAGUGGUAAAUACUGUGAAGUACCUUUUCUUACAAAAGGCAAAUAUAGAAGUUGGUUAUCAACUUCACUAGAGAAAAAAAACCACUUGUGAAGUACAAAAUAUUUAAGGGAAGGAAAAUUCUAAAAGUGAACCUACAAAUGAGGGAAAUCUUUUAUGUAUUAUGAACAUCUAAAUCUUUUAUGUCAAAGAAGCUUCCACACGUUAGAAAAAGAUAACAGUUCUGAGCUGUAAUUUCGCCUUAAACUAUGGACACUCGUAUAUGUAGUGCAUUUUUAAACUUGAAAUAUAUAAUAUUCAGCCAGCUUAAACCCAUAUGAUGUAUGUACAGUACAAUGUACAAUUAUAAUGUCUCUUGAGCAUCAAACUUGUUACUGCUGAUUCUUGUAAAUCUUUUUGCUUAUACUUUCAUCUUGAACUAAUACGUGCCAGAUAUAAAACUCUGUCUUGUUGCAGUGGGAGGCGCCCUAUUUCUAUGUCAUUUUUAAUGUAUCUAUUUGUACAAUUUUAAAGUUCUUAUUUUAGUAUACAUACAAAUAUCAGUAUUCUGACAUGUAAGAAAUGUUACAGCAUCACACUUAUAUUUUAUGAACAUUGUACUGUUGCUUUAAUAUGUGCUUCAAUAUAAGAAGCAGACUUCGAAAUAAAAUGAUUCUUUUUUUAA